GCGUACAACCCGUGUUAGUAAACAGUGAAUUAGUCCUAAAGUUUGAACCAAUCACAGGAGCGACUGUGGAAGCUGCCCUCUCUGCACAAAGUGAAGAAGACCAUGGCAAAGAAGCUGGUGAUCAUCGACACAGACUGCGGCAUAGACGAUGCUCAGGCUAUAAUGAUGGCCUUGGCGGCCCCUAACAUUGAAGUCCUGGGCGUCACCUGCGUGUUUGGGAAUGCGGCGGUCGAUAAUGUGUGUCAGAAUGUUUUGAGGGUGCUCUCCGUCUGUGAGCGUGAGCAGAUUCCAGUGUUUAAAGGCUCUGGUGGUCCUCUGGUUGGAGCCAGUAACCCUGUCUGUGACCACUUUGGAACUGAUGGACUUGGGGAUGUGCUUGAAGAUAGAGAUCCACGAUGGGAGGAUAAAAUCCAGAAAGAGCACGCGGUCAAUGCAAUGAUUAGACUGGUGUCUGAAAACCAGAAGCAGGUCUCCUUGGUGGCUCUUGGCCCUCUCACUAAUCUGGCACUGGCUGUCAGGCUGGAUCCAUGUUUCCCCAAAAAGCUAAAAGAUCUGUACAUUAUGGGUGGCAACAUGGAAGGAAAAGGAAAUGUGUCGCUAUGUGCAGAGUUUAACUUUGCAAUGGAUCCAGAGUCUGCCUACGUUGUGCUGGAAGAAUUCCUCUGCACCACACACCUCGCAUCGUGGGAGUAUACAUGCAGAAAUGCGUUAAAAUGGGAGUUCUUUGAUGAGUUAAUCAAUCAGGAUGCACCAGCUGCUCGCUUUAUGAAGACAAUAACCUCUAAAUGCCGGGCCUACUCUAGAGAAGCCACGAUGAAUAAGAGAGAUGUGUAUUUUGGACCCGGCUUCGUCUCUUACGAUGCGUAUGCGAUGGCGGCAUGCAUCGAUGGCAGCGUGGUGACGGAGAGCAUCGAGUGUCCCGUGCGGGUGGAACUGCAGGGGUCCAUCGGUCGUGGCAUGAUGGUGCUAGAUCGCACAAACAGCCUGAAAAAGAGCCACACUAUAUUUGUUAUGACUAAAUGUAAUGUUGCCAAGUUCAGUCAGUUACUCAUGGAGUCUCUCAGACAACCCUGUAAAAAGUCACCUUAAUGGAUUUUCAUAUGUUGCUAUUAAAUGUGUACAUCCAAGUAAGGAGGAUAAUAUAAUGUGCCUCACUGAAUCAAACUUUAAUACACUGAAUUGAUGAUACAUGAUAGAAAGACCAGUUUACUGAUAUACUGUAUUUCUAUUGUCUGUCCUGGAAUGGCUGUAGACAAAUUAUUUGCACUGUAUAUGACUGAUGCCAGUACAUAAGGCUAAAAAGCCCUAUAAUGUGUUAAAUCAUAUGUAUUUUCUAUUUUUCACAAGAUUAAAAACAAUAAAAUUUCACAUUGAA